AUGAAGGCCUGGACAUUGACCUCUGUUGCUCUCGCUGUUCCGGUGAUUGCUGGGGUUUGCCCCAUCGCUCGCGAUGCAGACUGCCACUGCCUGCCCACCGACAGCUGCUGGCCUGCCCCUUCCGCCUGGGCUUCGCUGAACAGCACCGUUGGCGGUCGUCUGAUUGCGACCUUACCCAUUGGUACACCCUGCCAUGCUCCUAACUAUGAUGCCGCUGCUUGUGCUGCCCUCAAGGCCGAGUGGUAUGAGCCGCAGCCUCACCUAAAUUCGCCCUCGUCGAUCAUGCAGAUGUACUUUGCCAACCAAACUUGUGAUCCUUUCACCUCCCAGUCUAAGCCCUGCACUCUGGGCAACUUUGCCAGUUACUCUGUGAAUGUCUCCUCCAGCAAUGAGGUCAUUGCUGCUGUCAAAUUUGCCCGUAAGCACAACAUCCGCUUUGUGAUCAAGAACACCGGCCAUGAUUACCUCGGUCGCUCGACCGGUGCUGGUGCCUUGUCUGUCUGGACCCAUAAUCUGAAUGACAUCGAAUAUCAGGACUGGUCAGACUCGGACUACCAGGGCCCCGCGUUCAAGGUCGGUGCGGGAGUGGUCGGCUACCAGAUUCUCGACGCUGCCCACUCCAAGGGCCUCGUUGUUGUUACUGGCGAGUGCCCUACGGUCGGUCUGGCCGGAGGCUACACACAGGGUGGUGGUCACUCCGCCCUCAGCACUCAGUUCGGCCUCGGUGCUGAUAAUACCCUCGAAUAUGAGGUCGUCACCGCCGAUGGAAAGCUCGUCAAAGCUUCGCGCUCCGAGAACUUCGACCUCUUCUGGGCUAUAAGCGGUGGAGGUGCUGGCAAUUACGGCGUUGUGAUGUCUAUGGUUGUCAAGGCUCACGCCGAUGCCAUCGUCUCCGGUGCUGAAGUUGCGUUCGCCUCGGCCAGUAUCUCCACUGAUGUCUUCUACGAGGCCAUCUCGCAGUUUCACGCUCUCCUCCCGGCCAUGGUCGACCAGGGUGUCACCGUCAUCUACCAGAUGGCUGCCAGCUUCUUCAAGAUCGCUCCCAUCACCGCCUACAACCAGACCUCCGAUGAUGUCAAGACUAUCCUGGAGCCCUUCCUCUCUGCCCUGACCGCGCUGGACAUCAAGUACGCGGCGAGCUACACUCAGUUCGACUCUUACCACGACCACUACAACAACUACAUGGGUCCCCUCCCCUGGGGCAACCUGGCCGUCGCAACCUACCAAUACGGCGGUCGUCUGAUCCCUCGUAAGACUCUGGAGGAGAAUUCCAACGGAAUUGGUGCCGCCCUCCGCAACAUCACCCAGAGCGGCGUGAUCGCUGUCGGUGUCGGCAUGAACGUUACCGUCUCCACCGGCAACAUCUCCAACGCUGUCGCACCUGCUCUCCGCAACGCCGCGGUGACCAUGCAAAUCGGCACUGGCUGGAACGAGACCGCCCCAUGGUCCCAGAUGGUCGCCGAUCAGUACAAGAUCACCAACGAGUACGUUCCCCAGCUUGAGGCUGUCACUCCCAACAGCGGCUGCUACCAGAACGAGGCCGACUUCCGCCAGUUGAACUGGAAGGAGACUUUCUUCGGUAGCACCUACUCGCCCCUGCUUUCGAUCAAGCGCAAGUGGGAUCCUACUUCGUUCUUUUAUGCCCUGAAGGCUGUUGGGAGUGAUGCCUGGAAUGUUGCCGAGUCUGGUCGUAUGUGCCGUGCUUAG